AUGGCUACUCUAGGUUUAUACAGUCUAAGAAGUCGUCUUAAGGACCGAAAAUCAUUUCUCCACCUAUUUCUUGCAAUUCUGUUGAGAGUGACAAGACAUGAUUUCAAGAGAACAGUCAUUGGGAAAUUGCCGUUUCAUCAUUUAUCAAUUAUUUGGAAAACAAGGUGGGAUAAUGGUGCAUUCAUUUACCAUAAAUUAAGAAAUAUAACGAAAAUUAAAGGCGGUUACUUGGUAAAAGGCAUUUUUUUUCUGCACCAUCAUCAGCAAGCAUUUUUUCGGAAUAACAAACAUUCAUAUCACUUUUUGGUUUCGAAAAUCAAAUUCUUGUAUUUUAUAGAUUUGGUUGGGAAAUAUGAGCCAAAUAUUCCUUCAGGUUGUGGAACUAAAGUAGUUGAUAAAGGUGGACAUCAUUUUCAAUCACUCCCUUUGGGGUUAUCACAGAUACUCCCAUCCGCAAAACACGACCUUCUUCCAUCCAUUCACGUUUUAGCAUUCAGGAAUACAAAUAAUGGUAACUAUUCUGUAAUGGCAGGUUCGCCUUUCACUGCCACCAAUGUAGCACUUCGAGCCUCUCCUGAAGACGACAGAAGUUAUAUUACUGAGUCAAAAUAUAAAUCAUUGACAUCCUUAGAAUUACUUAUUUCCUAUGCAACGGUUUCCCCGCAAUUUGCUUGUUUGCUUAAUUCUUCAUUUCGGUUUUGCGGGUACUUUAGUACGAUCAAAAUAUCGAAAGAUUCAAUUCAAAAAGUGUUUUUCACCGUAAAAAAGCUAUCUUUUGCAACCCUCAUGGUACAAAUUGGAGAACCUAGUAGGACUAAAGAGUAUCGGUUAUCAUUAUUGCAAACUUUGGAGUUGUACAAACGUAUUUCACUGUUUAAGUUCAAAGGUGCUCCUUAUUCAAUGAUACAAACUGAUAAGAUAAAUUAA